UACACGCAUGCGCACCUGGUUGUUGGCAGUGUAUUCGUCCGUGUGACUUCUAACGGUUGUAACAGGGUUGCAGCGUGAUUCCGCUUUUCUGUCGAAGGAGUGUUAAUAUAAAGAGUAGUGUAGGGUUUAGCUGGUCACACAUGGCUCUCAGAAGGUGUUGGAGGUUUUCAGGUGUUGUUCCUCGGCUGUUAUGGAGCAGAACCGUCCAGCCUGGAGCUUCCGUCCCGGGAGUACAGAGCUCUGUGUCCAGCUUUGUCAACACUCUCCCCGGUUGCAUAAACUCAGAGCUGCUGCUCAGGAGGUUCAGUUCAGAGCCGCAGGGAGCAGAUGUGAGUUACGAGCAGCUGAAGCAGCUUCUGGCCAGCAGGAAAGCUGUAGUUAUAGAUGUCCGGGAGCCCUGGGAGCUCCGAGAGUACGGCACCAUCCCCGGAUCCAUUAACGUCCCCUUGGGACAAGUGAACACUGCCCUCCAGCUGGGUCCGGAAGAGUUCAAAGAAAAGUACGGUGGUGAAAUGCCCCAGCAGACAGAUAACAUUGUGUUCAGUUGUCUUGCGGGGAUCAGGAGUAAGAAAGCACUCGACACAGCCACCUCGCUGGGAUACAAAGAUGCUCAGCAUUACCCUGGUGGAUGGCAAGACUGGUCGACACAUGAGCAUCAAAAAUGAACCAGGGAUAAAUGAACAGAAUAUAUAUAUAUAUAUAUAUAUAUAUAUAUAUAUAUAUAUAUAUAUAUAUAUAUUUAAAGCUCCUUUUUUCAUUACCUGAAAUCAGGCUGUAACAUGAGAGUGUGUCGCAAGCAGUCUUAUGAAGGGUUUUAAAAAGUUUCUGCACUUUUUUUUUGUGGUUUCAAGUUUCUCUUAUCUGGAAGUGGGACAAGAGGGCUCAACAAACACAUCUGCUGCUGAAAAUGUAAAACCUACUGCAUUCUUACUUGAAGUCAGCAUAGAACUAUUUAUAAACCCUUUACAACCUCUUAAAAAAUCUGAUACAAGCAGCUAUAAUGUACAAAAGGUACUAACAAUUUCAUGUCUAAACUUCCUAUGCAAAUGACUCCAUAACUGAAUGUCUUCCACUGGUCACUAUGAACUGUCUGAACGCUUUAGGUUGAUGUACUGUAAAUACUAAAUAGUUUAGCCACUUCAGUUUUUGCCAACAUCAUUUGAUUAAUAAAAUGAUAGUUCUGAUGAAGAGUAA